AUGUGGGAUGCGCGGAGAGGGAGUUGUUGUUUUGCGGAGCUGCGGCGGGAGCUGCUCGUCCUUGCCCCGAUGGACUACCUAACUGCUGCUGCAGUGCGCGCGACACGCUGUCCUAUAUUAUACCUAUACUUAUACUGCGCUCCUGUGACGCAUUUUUUUUAAAGAUCGAAACAUCAAAGUACAGUGACGUUCGAAGAAUUUUUUAUCCAACUUUCGUCCGAGUCGUCAAUUAUGCGCUGACACUGAUCCCGUUGCAUAUUGUGGGCGAGAUGGUUGUGCGCGAACGAUUAAAUAAUACUCGGCGGGUCUUAUUACGUAAAAAUAACUCGUUUUAAAUGUCACUUGUCAGUCAAUAUGAGCUGCUGUUGCGAUGCUCCAAAAUGCUAUUAUAACAUUCCUUUGUGCUAUGUUUCGGUUUUCACUAGUUUGGUGCUGAAUAAUUUGUUCCUUAAAUUUGCUAGUAGUAGUAUAGUUGAAAGACCAUGUCAGAAGCACCUGUCGUUAAGAGAAGAAAGAAAAAUUAUGAAAUGCUCAAAGGCCUUUACGACUUCAAUGCCACAUUUGCCAAAACGCUGAGCUUCCAAGAAAAUGACCAUUUCGUACUUUAUCAGAGUCACACCAAGCAGAGGAAUUGGUGGCAGGUAGUGAACAGGAAAGGCCAAGUUGGCUACAUACCAUCUAAUUAUGUUACCACGAUUAAAGUCCAUCCACAGUUCUUGAUAGAUUUUCUAGACCAAGCUAUUGAAACUUUGAGGGCUAAUGGGGAUAAGCCUAGUGUUUCACCUAAUAUUGACAAACAAGAUUUGUUACUGCGUCUAGUAGAGAAAAAACGUCAAGCUGAACUUGGCAGAAAAACCAAGAAACAAGCCCCACUGCCCCCUGACUUUGGAAGCACAACACCAGUCAAAGAGCCGCCUACUAAUUUUAAUAAUAUAGAUGAAGUCAAAUCAUCGCCUACUAAUAAUGCUUCUAGAAAAGAAUCACUAAGUGAACAGCGAAAGCAAUCAGUGACAAAUGAUGAAAGUCAAUCGGAACCUCAAAUUCAGUCUGAAGAUAUUCAAAGAAGAUCUUCAGAAUCUAGUCAGAAGAAAGAAUUUAAGAAAAGCAAUUCACAAAGUAGUAUCAAAAAGUCACCAAGUCAAUCUCCAGUGAAAAGCAGAUCUGCUAGCUUAGCUGAAAUAAAUCCAAGAACGGCUUACUUACUUUUGGACCAAGUGCGACAUAGUACACAACUUAGUUAUGAAAUGUCAAAAGUGGCUGUAACUGUAAUUCUUAGUGGUCUACAAGAGAUGUUACCAUCAAAUGUUAGUCAUUAUUUUGAUGCAAUUUUGUCUCAGUUAGCAGUACCAUUAAAUUUAACAAAGUUAAACAUUGAAGAAACUUAUGAUGCCAAUAGGUUGAAAAUUAUUUUUACUGAGUUAACCUCAUGCAAAGAAGAUUCACAGCAAAGAAGCUGGAUGCUCUAUGAAGAUGAACCAACUAUAUGUGAAUAUAUCAAGGAACUCACAUCAAUUUUGACAAAUGCGGAUGCUAAUGUCUCAAGGCAUGUUCUAAGACAGGAUCGCUAUGAAGGAGUUUCCACACUUAUACAAUAUUAUCAAAUGGAAACCCGAUGGACUAUCAGACAACUUUUAUUGCAAUCGUUUGGAGUCAUGUGCAGCUUGGAUCCAGUUGUGGUUACAAUAAUGUUAGAGAGCAUUUUACCUAUGGAACUAGCAAGGGAUAUGAAAAGCAAUCCUAGAAAUGUUGCAAAGUUGAACUAUUCUUCUUUACUAUUGACUAUGAUUUUCUCAAUGGGCGAACCAAUGCCAAUUACACAUUUCGAGCAAUUGGGUUCUGAAUUCAUAUCUUUUAUUUUGGAUCUUAUUGAAAACCCUCCGGAUACUGAUCUAGAUGAUCAAAUUCCAGAUUUGUUUAUAAAUCUGAUACUCUCAUAUAAUUUGCAAUUUCAAACAUCAGAGAACGUGGUUCUAGAUGCUCUAAAAGAGCGAACGGUGGCUAAAACAUUUACCGAAAAAAUCUUGCUUCUUCUUAACAGAGAAGUCGAUCCUGUAAGAAUAUUUGAUCACGAACCUGCACCACCAGAUUCAAUUUUAAAGCUCUUUGUCGAUUUAUUUACAAGUGAUGAAACUGCGUCUUUGUUUUACACAAAUGACAUUAAGGUUUUGAUUGACAUCAUUUUACGGCAACUUUUCGAUAUAGCACCGGGAGAAAAGCGCAGACAAUAUCUAGAACUUUGCCGAAGAGUAUUAAAAACAGCGGUUUAUGAAGAACACAAGCAUCGAUGUGAAGACGUCUUAAAAUGUUUCACCAGAAUCUUCUGCGAAGAGUCGCCAGAAAGUCAAGAAGAUCAAAAUCUCGUACGAGAAAUAAGCAAUGAGUUUCCACAUAUGUUCAAAAUUUGACCUUUGCCUUCAGUUUCCUCCAAUGUAAAAGGACCUGAGGAGGACGACGAUACGCAGAGUUUGGUUUAAAGAAACAAUCGACAAUGAGAUUAUACACUUUGCUAUACGAAAUUGGAGAAAUGAACGCACAGGCGACUGCGAUCCAAUCCAAAGAAAGUCAUAAGAGUGAUCCUGGUAAAUGUUAUUCUUGCACUCCUUCUUCAAUAUUCAAUAUAAUAUGGAAGACAAAAAAAAACUACGUGAUAAAGGAAAAUCACAAAAAAUUAGUCCUAUCACUAGCUAUAUCUGACAAUUGAUUGAAAUUUAAUCUUCAAAGCAGGCAAAUUCUUGUAAAUAUAUUUAAAUAAGAAUGCGAAAACUUAUUUCAUUCCGAAGUAGAGGACCAGCAAAAUUAACAAAUUUGUUGAGAUUAAAAGUUUGAUUCUUUAUGAAUAAAUUAUCUUAUCGCUUGUAAGCAAAAUUUUAAAUCGAGACACUUUAAAGUUCAGAAAAGCCAAUUUCUGUGAUAUGACGUACACGUUUUAUUUUAUACUUAUUCUACACAAUUUUACAGUACAAGCCUAAACGUAUAUUUGAUAUAGAUUCUUUCAUAUUUGUAGCUUUUACUAGCUUUGUCGGCUUUUUUAAAUUUUAUAGCAGAUGAAUAUGCUGAUUUAUAAAAGUGCUUUAUAAAAAUAUGAUUGUGUAUUCUUAAAAGAUUCUUCUUUUACUUAAAAUAUCUCUACAGUCUGUAAUACUGAUUUUCUAAAACUUUAAAGUGGCUUUUUCUCUGCGCGCGUUAUACAUGAAUAAAUUCAGUCUAGUCUUUCAUUCACUCUGCAUACAGAGUCUUUACGCUUGCACAGUGUUACUAUAACUUUAAAAGUCAAGUUGAACGCGUUAAGUUUGCGACUAUUGUCACUUGUAAUGAAUUCUCAAAUUAUUGUGAUCUUUAAUUAAACGUUAAGCAAAUAAAGAGUCUAGGAAAUAAAAGGAAC